AGUAAAUCAGCUGAGAAAAAAGUCAACAAAGAACUUCGUAAUUUCUAAAUAUUGCAACAUACAUCAAUGAUACUUCGUAAAAAACAACCACGUAUAUUUUAACAGAUAUGUGGAUUUGUCAAACGGGUUGAAAUCUGAAAUUUUAGGAGCAGAUAAUGAACGCAAGGGCUCAUGUCUUUGAACUGUCUGUGGAAAGUCGUCAAGUGGAAGAAGUUGUUUCAAGUAUAUUCCACAGUUUGAUACUGCACAGAACACUGGGAAAGGUCCAUUACAAGCAAGCAGGAAGCUAUUCUGUUGGAACGCUUGGUUUUGCGGAUGAAGAUUGUGACUUCAUUGACUUUACUUAUGUGCGUGUGGCAUCAGACGCCUUGUGUGGGAAUGUGAGGCGUGAGGUGAUCAGUUUCCGGGACACGCUCCAGCAGACCUCGUCCCCCCAGGAGUCCGGACAGAUAUCAUUGGAGUUUUACCAGCGUAAGCGUGGGCGAUGGCUGUUCCAGGCGGAGUGUAUUCCCUGGGAGGUGUGGACAGUCAAGCUAGACGUCAUUACCCUCAACACUGAGCAUGAACGACAGAUAUUCCGAGAGCGCGUUGGAGAGGCCGUUGCAGAGAAGGUGUUAUACAUAGCGGAAAUCAUGAAUCGACACGAGUACCUGCCCAAGAUGCCCAAUAAUUCAGAAGUUGAUCUCGUAUUUGAUACAAGUUAUACAGAUGUUCAGCCAUAUCUGCAUCGGAUAACUCACCAGAUAAAUGGGCCGUCUUCCAGCUCAGUAUCCACAACUAUGAGAAAGUUUCUUAAGGAUACACUAGCAUUAUGACCCUGACAUCAUCUUGUAGACCAUGCUGUAGACCUCACCGUAUGAUAAACAAUAACAUGAUGAUAUAGAGCUCUCUUGCUGUGUAUUUAGUUUUCAACCAAUCACAGAGGAUGUAGAAGUUUCCUAAAAUAUAACGCCAAUAUUAUGAUGCCAAGUCUCGCUUUGUAGACCUCACUACAUACCGCAGAUUCCUCAAAUUUGGUUCGGGUUUAAAGGUAUCGAAUUUUCCCAAAUCGACUAUUGACAGGUCGACAAUUUCAACAGUGAAAUAUCAAUUACUGAUGUUUGUCUAUGUUAAGGUAAUGGUGCACAAUUUUGAACCAAAAUCUGUCAAAUCCCAAAAUAAAGGACCUUAAACUAUCAAGGCUAACUGUUGUAAUAUUUGCUUACUCUACACUUCCUGUGCUAUUUACACUCCUUACAGUGGAAAUAAAUAUGGAUAUUUAAUUACACUACACUUCCUGUGUAUUUAGCCAUUUUCACUCCUUACAGUGGAAAUAUUAAUGGAUAUUUGAUGACACUACAGUUUCUGUGUAUUUUGCUAUUUUCACUCAUUACAGUGGAAAUAUAUAUGGAUAUUUGAUUAUGCUACACUUCCUGUGUACUUAGCUAUUUUCACUCAUUAGAAUGGAAUAAAAUAUGGAUAUUUAAUUAUGCUACAAUUCCUGUGUUUUUUGCUAUUUUCACUCAUUACAGUGGAAAUAUAUAUUGAUAUUUGAUUAUGCUACACUUCCUGUGUACUUAGCUAUUUUCACUCAUUAGAGUGGAAUAAAAUAUGGAUAUUUAAUUAUGCUACAAUUCCUGUGUUUUUUGCUAUUUUCACUCCUUACAGUGGAAAUAUAUAUGGAUAUUUGAUUACACUUCCUGUUUUUUUGCUAAAUUCACCAUUCACAGUAGAAGAAAAUAUGGAUACAUUAUUACACUAAGCUUCCAGUGUAGUCAACUACAUGUGUACUUUGCUAUUUUCACUCAUUACAGUGGAAAUGUAUGUGGAUAUUUGAUUACACUACACUUCCUGUGUACUUUGCUAUUUUCACUCAUUACAGUGGAAAUGUAUGUGGAUAUUUGAUUACACUACACUUCCUGUGUACUUUGCUAUUUUCACUCAUUACAGUGGAAAUAUAUGUGGAUAUUUGAUUACUUUGCUAUUUAGAAAAUAUCUACUUAUUUAAUUUAGAUUUAUGUCUUUUAUGUGUUCAGGAACAAGGACAAUAUUUUGCCCGGUUUGUUAUCAAUACUUUAACCUCAUAACAAGCUUUGUCUUUUUAUCAUAUACUAGGUAUUCCCACUUCCAUUGCCAUUUUCAAGCAUUCAAUUGACACAGAUUUGCAAGCAUGAAAAUUUUAACUUAAAAGAAAUCUUUACAAAAAACCUAUCGCUCAUAAUCAUCUCUAUGAAUUAUUUCCAGGAUUUUUUUUAAAUGAUUAUUGAUUCCAGUUCUUUGAAAAAUUAAAUUGUUUUUGGAUGAAUGAGAGUUUUUGCUGUCAUAUAUUUAAUGUCAAUAUGAUAAUUAUAAUGUGUGCUUUGACAAUUUUUUUGUCAUUUUCUAUUCUAAGUAGUUUAUUAUCUAUAUCAUUAUGUGAUAUUUCAUGAUUUUUUUGAAAAUUUAACAGUGAUACAAUGGGUACGAAUAUAAUGUGCGCUUUACUGGAUUAUAUAUAAAGAGUAUCUGUUUAAAAAAAAUGUUCAGAUGGUAAAAUUUCACAUAACUUGCAUUGCAUGUACAUGUAUUUUGUCCAAUGACUCAUGAAUAAAAAACACUUUAAUUUGGUUAAUUGUUUAAUGUUUUCACAAAGUCAUCUUUUCCCCUGUGGGGAGCAAUGUUAAUUUAAGCCAAGCAAAAGGGGCAUCAAAAGGGUGUACAAGGAGGGCAAAUGAGACAACAACACCACCACACCCCUUGUUACUAAGCUUAAAUACAUAAUCAUGUACAGUUUCUCAUCUUUGUUUAUGCUAAUUUCCAUGUUUAGCUUAAUUGUAACCAGAGCUGACAACUUAUAGGAUAGCGCUCAAGACUGUUGCCUGGGUUACUGAGAAACCAGUUUGGGUUUCUUAGAACACCAUAUUGGUGUCAAUUUUGAUAGGCUUUGAAGAGGUACCCCUGUUGGGAAUCAAACCCACAACCUUUUGGGUGAGAGGUGGACACCUUGACCACUAGACCACUUUCAUCCUUCUCCAUGUUGCCUAUUAACCAGGAGUCUAUUUCAAUCAAGGACUUUAGGGGUAUAUCUUUAAUGAUAUUAAAUCUGUAUAAAUGUCACAAAUAGAAAUACAUUGAUUGUUUUUUAUAACCUCAACUUUGUGUUCAUUUUUUUAACACGGUCUAAAGAUCAAUUCACUCAGAUAUGUAUCAGAAUACUGAAACAAUGAAAAGAGAUCAGAUAACUUCAAUUUUACGACUAAAAUGAUGAUGAUUUGUCUUGAAACAGCCCUCUGAAAUACUUAGUUAAAGUGACACUCUUAUUAAAAAUCAAUAUAUACACAUGUAUAACAAACAUCAAUUUUGACUGAUAAACCUUUGACUACUUACUAAAUAGUGCAUUAACGGAAAAUAUUUAUAACUGAUAACAAGAUUGUAACAGUGUAUUUAAUAAUAGAAAGCGCAAAAAUAUUAAAUGAUUGGUGAAUGCUCAUUUCUUUGAAAUUGAACUCUGUAAACUUCAUAAGAAUUAUUUUUUUCAAAUUUUUUUUUGGAAUAUUGAAACAAUAUAAUUAAUUGUGGUAAAAAUUAUUUGGGAGUAAGAGUGCAUCUUUAAGGAACAGGAGGUAGAUUUGGGCAAAUACCGGUAGUAAAUGUUGAUUUCAAUCACAUUACUCAAUUAAUGCUUUUAAAAAUCCAUACUUUUUGUAUAUCUCAGAGUAAAAUUUGUAACCUGUUAAUUAAUAUUAAUAAAAUGGGUCUCGGUUUUUUGUUUACACUGUCUAUCAACUCCGGCAUUGUUUAACCUACUUAGUUAAUUUUAUGGUGUCGGUAUUUUCUGGUUGAAAUAAUCAUUUUUAACACCUUACAACUGAACAAUUUAGAUGUGCUUUUUCUUUUCAUUUUCAUACAGACUAUGGGCCGACUGUUCAGAACUUUGUUAAAGUUAACAACAUUGUUAACUUUGUCAUUGUUAACCUUUUUAACUUGAAAUACAUUUUAAUGGGAUCAUAAUUAUACAGUAUUUUAAUAACACCACUACAUCUGAAAGGGUUGUCUCAAAUCUUAUUUGAAAUACCACAUAAAAUUAUCUCAAGUUUGGUCUUGACUCAGACUCAGGUUUGGAUUUGAAAAUUAAUAAUAAAGAUGUUAACAACAUUUUUCACUUUAAUGAAGUUCUGAAAAAUCGGCCCUAUGUCAAUCAGGAAAAGGUCAAUAAGAGAUGCAUAUGAAAAGCUAACCACAAAGUCAUGAAAAUUUAAAGUUAUUCAAUUCGUGUCAUGUAUUGCAAUUUUUGUUAUUGGUCAUUAUGAUGUAACAGAUCUUGCUUUUAUUAUGCUUAUUGAUGUACAUAUACUUCAAAGUGAAGUCUUUCAUAUUAUGUUUUGUGUUACCUGCUUGUAAAUAUUUGAUGUUAUAUAGAAUUCCUGUACAAUGUAUGUAAUAAAUAAUAAGCUGA